AUGAAGCUCCACUCGUCAGCCCUUUUCGCGGCCCUCUUGGGUUCUGCCUCUGCGUUGGCCAGCAGCGGAAACAAGGGUCUUCUCUCUAAUGGCGAUGUCACGUUGAGCGCUGAGUGGCAAGCCGCAUACGAGAAAGCUGCCAAAUUCGUCUCCAAACUAAACACCACCGAGAAGAUCAACCUCAUUACCGGCAGCAGCGUCAACACUACAGAUGGCAGCCAGUAUUUUACCGCGCUCCAAUUCUUGGAUGGCUCCAUGGGUCUCCAGGACUAUUACUAUGUAUCAGCCUUCAGUCAGGCAUCGGCAUUGGCUAUGACCUGGGAUAAGGAUGCCAUCUAUGCGCAGUCAAAGGCCAUUGCUACUGAGUUCUAUCUCAAGGGAAUCCAAGUUGUCGAUGGUCCCACUUCCCAACCGCUUGGUCGCACUCCCUGGGGUGGUCGACUUGUUGAGACCUUUGGACCAGACCCCUACUUGAAUGGUAUCGCCACAGGGUUGGGUGCCAAGGCAUACAAGGAUACUGGUGUCAUUGGUGGCAUCAAGCAUUUCAUUCUAAACGAGCAGGAAACCAACCGUACUGGGAGUAUGGGAGGAGGUGGUGGAGGAGGUGGUGGUUCCCCUCCCGGCAUGGGCUCUUCCUCGGGCUCCUCGUCGAGCUCUGCAGCAGCUCAGCCUUCAUCUUCUGCCAGUGCAAUGAGCAUGGGAGGAAUGUCAUCUUCAUCUUCCUCUUCAUCUUCCUCCUCAUCUUCGGGGGCCCCUUACUCGUCCAACGCCGACUCGAAGACCCUUCAUGAGACUUACCUCUGGUCUUUCUAUGAUGCAGUACACUCCGGUGCUGGCGGUGUCAUGUGUGCUAUGACAAAGGUUAACAACACUCUUUCAUGCGAGUCUUCUUCGCUCUUGAUGGACCUCCUAAAAACCGAGCUUGGUUUCCCGGGCUUCGUCUUCCCUGAUACCAAUGGUCAGCAGCACGCCCUGUUAUCGGCAAACAACGGUCUGGACUACGGUUCUUCCAGCCUUUGGAGCACAUCGACCAUCGAAGGUUAUCUGAAGACGAAAAACAUGACUGAAGCCCGUUUGAACGAUAUGGCGGUCCGCAAUCUUAUCGGAUACUAUUACGUUCACCUGGACAAUGGCACCCAGCCUUCGACCGCUGAGAAGAAUGCUUACGUCGAUGUUCGAGGUAACCAUGCUAAGCUGAUCCGCUCCAACGGCGCCAAGUCCCUGGCUCUUCUUAAGAACAAGAACAACGCUCUGCCUCUCAAUAAGCCCCACACUAUGGCUAUCUUUGGUGCCAAUGCCCGUGCCGUCAUUGCUGGUCCCAACCAGGAAUUCAGCGUUCAGGGAUCUGGUCCUACUUAUGAUGGUCACCUUGCUACUGACUCCGGAUCUGGACAGGGAUCGCUGCCCUAUCUCAUUACACCCGAAAUUGCCUUGACAAUCAAGGCGAGUCAGGAGGGAACUAUGCUCCGUUGGGUUGCGAAUGAUACCUACUCUACCUCCAGUGGCUCUUCUCUUGUUGUGAAGGGGUCUGAUACUACUUCUAUCUCGCCGUCUAUCAGCAACUAUGCCGCGGACAUGGAUGUUUGCCUUGUCUUCAUCAACGCACUUGCGGGUGAAGGUGCUGACCGAACCGAGCUGUACAACGAUGACCAGGACUCUUUGGUCAACGAAGUUGCCGACAACUGCGCGAAUACCGUGGUGGUUAUUAACACUGUUGGUGCCCGUCUUGUCGAUCAGUGGAUCGAGCAUGACAACGUGACUGCCCUUGUGUAUGGUAGUUUGUUAGGCCAGGAGUCUGGAAACUCGAUCAUUGACGUUCUCUACGGCGACGUCAACCCCAGCGGAAGAUUGAUCUACACCAUUGCCAAGAAUGAAUCCGAUUAUAACGUCGGAAUCUGCGAGACUCACAACUGCAACUUUACCGAGGGUAACUUCAUCGACUACCGCUACUUCGAUGCCUACAAUGUUACUCCGCGCUACGAGUUCGGAUACGGUCUUUCCUACACCAACUUCACCUACGCCGAUCUCAAGAUCGAUUCGCCCAAGCUUCAAGUUUCGCAAUAUCCUACCGGCAAGCUCUCUGUCGGCGGAUACGAGGAUUUGUGGAAUGUGGUUUCUAAGAUCAGCGCCACUGUCCACAAUACUGGAUCCAUUGAUGGUGCCGAUGUGCCGCAGCUGUACAUCAGCUACCCCAAGGCCGCCAAGCAGCCCCUGCGUCAAUUGCGUGGGUUUGAGAAUAUCGACCUCAAAUCUGGACACAAGGCCGAUGUAGAGUUUGAGCUUCGCCGUCGCGAUAUUUCUUACUGGGACGUCAAAGCACAGCAGUGGGCUAUCGCUCCUGGCACUUACAAGGUUUACCUCGGUGCCAGCUCGAGGGAUCUGAAGCUCCACGAUACCUUCAAUGUGGAGAUCAAGGACAACGCUUAG